AUGUCCUCCGAAGAAUCAACUGAAAAGAAGGACAACGAACAUCCUGAUUCGGAGACGAUCAAAAAGAUGUUACCUCUGCGAAUGACUAGCACAGUCGUCAGAGGGUUUGGUAGAGGCAGUACCGAUCUGGGUAUACCCACUGCCAAUCUGGAUCGACUGGCCAUCAAGGUAUUAGGGGGCACCGACCACAAAUUGACAUUUGAUGACUUGCCCUGUGGCAUUUACUGGGGAUUCUGCAGGAUUGGAGAUAAUACCGAUACGGUCGGUGAUGGUGCUACCGUAUACAAGACGGCUGUUUCUAUUGGAUACAAUCCAACCUACAACAACAAAGAAAAGACCAUUGAGCCACACUUGAUUGCCCCUCCCAAAGACACUAGACGGCAUGCUUCUUCCUGUGGAGAAACACUCAUGGGAGAGUUCUAUGACAAACCAAUCCGUCUUUCGGUUGUGGGGUAUCUCAGACCUGAAUUGCCAUUUGAAGGACUGGAGAAACUCGUUGAAGCCAUCAAAAACGACAUUGUCAAUGCGGAACAACUGGGUGACUCGGAUAGUGCCGAUGUGAUGCAAGAGAGAACAUGGGUGGCUUCAGAGGCGACCGAAUCAUGAUCCUCUUCCCUACUGAAUGGCACGCAGAAUCAAUCAUCAUAUGUGGCUCUGUUAGUGAUUCAAUUCUUACUUUUUG